AUGUUCUGGGAAAAACUUGACAGUCUCGUGCGGCGUAUCCCCGCUAAGGAGUGUCUUUUCGUGCUCAUGGAUGCCAAUGCCCAGACCGGAGGAGGGAUAGCCGGGGAAAACGAAGGAACCAUGGGCGAGUACGGGCGCAAUGAGCUGAACGACAACGGUCGGCUGCUGCUGACCUUCGCCACAGACAACAGACUAGCGGGCGUACCUCAGCCAGUGCGCCCAGUCAGAGCGGACUCAGACCACAACAUCGUAGUAGCCACCGUCGACCUCGGUGGCCGGCUGGCCCACAACCGACCUAUCCGGACAAACCCCAAACGGCGGCAGUUCAACCGACAGGAUCUGCAGGUCGAGGCAGCGCGAUGGGCGGUGUCCCAACGGUUUCUCUGCAACUUGCUCGCGAGGUCGGGCGCGCCGGCGACCACCGCUCAGGAAAUGGCGAAGGAGUUCACGGAGGCCCUGCUUGGCGCGGCGGAGACGGAGCUGUCUGAGGAACCCCGGAGGCGGCGCACCCCGGAAUGGAACAUGACCGCCGCGGCACGGGCAGCCCUGGCGACCGCCCUUGACAAGCGACGGGCGGCGCGGCAUGCCUUCAAGGCCAGACCGAACGCAGCAACGUGGAGGAUCCUCAAAGCAGCGUGCAAGGGGGUGAAGGCAACAAUCGCAACGAGCGUCUACGACCACCUGGAAGGGUACGUGACGGAGCUCGAAGCGAUUUACCAGGACCGCGACAUGCGGGGGCUAUACCAACACCUCAAGCGAUCAACGGGCCUCAGCGGGAGACAACUGAGAUUCUUCGAUACCCUCCUGAACUCCAAGUCCCCCACCCUGAACCCAGACGUUGUCGAACAGGUGACGCAGCGACCAGCGACGCGCGCCACCCGACGCCUGGCGGCGGUACCAGACCUCGAGGAGGUUGAGGUGGCAACGAAAGGUUUGGGGAACUGGAAGGCGGUUGGCCCCGACCUCCUUGCCGCCGAACUGCUCAAGGUCGACGGCGACGACGAGCCCAUUGUCCUGGAGCGCCUCCGUGCCAUCUUCGUCGAAGUGUGGAAUGGGGGAGAGAUGCCGCAGGAGUGGAAGGAUGCCAUCAUUAAGGUGUUGUACAAGAAGGGUGACCGGUCGAACUGA